AAUUAUGACACUGCAAAAAAAUAAAUAAUUACCGCAAUAAUAAGUUAAACCUUAUAGUCACGGGUUCAUCGGAUCACUAUCUUAUGGCAUUUACUAUAAAAUUAUAUUUAUUUAAUUUGCAUAAGUCUAAAAAAACCAACUGUCCUGUGACAAUUCGAUUUUAUAUGGACCGUCAGGAAAAAAAAUUGAGAGUUACCAGUAAGUGUAAAUAUGAUCAUAACCACCUUCCGGAGGUUAAAGCGGCAGGGAAGACAGUUAAGAAAUUAACGCUUGAACCAUCAAAACGAGCCAAAAAAAUCUUACCUGCUAAGAUGCCAUCACCAGAAUUUACCGCGACCUAUGAAACAGAAGAUGAUUAUGAAAAUAAAAAUUCGAAAAAUACUGAUGGGAAUCUUGACAACACAGCAUCCUCUUCGGAAGCUUUUGAUCAACGUGACCACCGUGAAACUAACCCUAGAAAAAAGAAACGAAUUAAAGCAAAAAAAUCAAACUUACCUGCUACGAUGCCAUCACCAAAACUUCCCGUCAGCCCUGCAAUAGAAGAUAAUAAUGAAAAUCAAAAUUCCAAUAAUACAGAUGGAAGUCUUGACAGUACAGCAUCAUCUUCAGAGGCUUCUGAUCAACGUGACCGCCGUAAAACUGACCCUGAAAAGAAAGAAGAAAUUAAAACAAUUGAAGCGAAAAAAUUAACAAUAAAUAAACAAAAUUUAUCUGCUCAGAUUGACGUAUCAAAAAUUACCGGGACCAGUGAAAAAAAAGACGAGUUUGAUAACAAAGAAAUGUUUACAACUUGGAACUUAAAACCUUCGGGGAUAAUCGAAGUAUCCGAAACGCUAGAACCUAAAAUACCUCUGGUAGCGAAUCAAGGACGUCCCAAGAAAAGAACCCGUGCGAUUAAAUUGAUUUCUACAAAUGUCGACAAGGACACUGAUCUAGGACCCAAUAAAAAAAGAAGAAAAAUUGCACAACAGCAAGAAAAACAAAUAAAAAAAUUUUCUACAUUAACUGUUGAAGAAAAAAGUGAAUUUCUGCUCAAUUUAUUAGUCAAAAAGGACGUAAAAACAUCUAAUGAACAAGAAAUAUCACUGGAAGAAAUAAAAAAAAUAUCAAGAGUAAAAACAAUGCCACAUGCAAUAACUGCGAGUCGUCUCAAAAUUGUUAGAGGAAAAUUAAGUGAAAAUGCCUAUAAAUACAUAAAUAGAAUGAUAAAGAAAAGAACAGAUGAAGAUACAUGGUACUGUGGUAAAUGCCGGAAAUCAAUCAGUGGGAAUGUUUCAACUGAAUGUGAGUGCUGUCUACGUUGGUUCUGCAGUAAAUGUGAAAAACAGGAAGAAAAGAAAAAAAAAGUUUGGUUUUGCUCAGAAUGCGAAAAAACUGGUAAAUAA